AUGGGUUUCACGAAUGUUUCACUGUCGAGCGAUGUGAUGCCAAUGAUAAAAAUUGUGCCUAGAGGUUAUACAGCUUGUGCUGAUGCGUACUUAACACCGAAGAUCCGAGAGUAUAUUACCAAUUUCAAUGCUGGAUUCGCGAAAGGUUUGAAGGGAGUGCGUGUUGAGUUCAUGCAAAGCGAUGGAGGAUUGUGUCCAGUAGAAAAGUAUUUUUUGGCCAUUCUCAAAGCGACUUCAUCGAACUUAUUGUGCUUAGCGAAAUACUCAAUUGAUUGUUGCAAAAGUGGUCGCUCUGAAUUCAUUUCAUGCUAA